CCCUCUUCUGCCAUAUCCAGGGUGUCAACCUAGGCGUUUGAAGACCUCUCAUCGCAGCUUAUUAACUGAGCUGGCAAUUACAACCCACGGACCUGGGUCAUUUUCUAUUAUCUUCGUAUAGUCCUAUCCUUCACCGCUGAGAGGUCUUGCCUUCGAAUCUCACUCAGAAGUUAUCGCCACCACACCGUACUAAUGAUCCCAUCAUCCUGCAGGAGGAGUACCGCUCCCCCAAUGUCUCGAAACCAUAUGACAUAUCAGCCGACGCAAAGCCAAAUAGGCGCCAGCUCAUUCUUUAAGGAAGAGAUUGAUGCCUCCCCGGUCCCGAUGGAAGUGGGUGUCGGUUCCACCUACAUCGCAUUACCAACUCAGCCCACGGAAUUUAACAACCUCGGAGGUAGCGAAACACUACAAAAUAUACUGCAAUCCGUUCAAGGAGACAAGAAGUUGAACCGGCGGGCCCACACCCGAACACAAUCACAAGCAAAUGAGGCACUUUUCGAGUCCAGUGCCUCUGGGCAGGCUGCAGAGUCAUCCAAGCCAAGGAAAAGGGGACGAAAACCUAAGAAGCAGUCAAAAGAGCAGAAGGUAACGGGUCAAAGAGAGAAGCCCGAUGAUGAUGAUCUUCCCAAGGAUCCCCGCCGGCGCCGAGUGCUCGAACGUAAUCGCAUGGCGGCGAACAAGUGUCGUCUCCGCAAGCGUGAUGAAGCCUUAGCCCUCGCUGCUCGAGAAGAAACUAUGGAGGACCAGAACCGCUAUCUCAUGACGUGUUUCGAGUCUCUAACCGUCGAAAUUUACCACCUAAAGACCCAAUUACUGCGGCAUACAGAAUGCAAUUGCGUUCUCAUCCAGAACUACAUCGCGAAUGAGGCGCAGAAGUGUGUGAAUAGGCUAGUCGCUUGCUCUACUGCCUUUGAUACCUACGGUAAUUCGCUAAGCCUCUGCGAUGGAAGCCCAAGUGAUGCUAGCACCACCAAAGAGUUGAAUACGCAGAGUCUAAAUGGAGGUCGUUUCCCGGCAACCCCGAGAAUCUCUUCUCAGCAGGGAUCUAGCACCUCGGAGGUUCCAGACGUCAUGUUCGAUAUGAUGUGUUUAGGACCAUUUCAAACGGCUACUAUGCCCCCUGAUUCGAUGGUCUUUACUCAGCCAGUUCCACCAUUAUCCUUCAAUGAAUAUGGACCAGGGCUAUCCAUCUACGAGGGACCGCGAGAACACCAAACGGAUGAGGUUGCUUGGAACACAUAUUUACAUUUUUGACGCUAGUCGCUACCUCUGUCCCUCA